CCGUGGCACAGACGCGUUGGGACCGCACAGCCGGGGCUAAACAUGUCUAGAGUUCUGGAUGAGUACUGUGGUUCCGUUUUCUGGAAUUCCUCCCUUUUGGAAAGGCCUGAUCCCGACCUGCCCGUGUGUUUUGAACAGACCGUCCUGGUCUGGAUCCCUCUUAUCUUCUUUUGGCUGUGUGCUCCUUGGCAACUUCUCCAGCUGUGCAAAUCAAGGACGGCGAAAUCUCCUAUCACCAAACUUUACAUCGCAAAGCAAUGCCUGACGCUGUUACUGUUCUUCACCUCAGUAGCUGGGAUAGGGGUGACCGUGGCAGAACAUGUCGAUGACGCCUCAAAGUCUUCUCCUGACCAAACAAUGCCUGUCGUUCUGUAUGUUAAUCCGCCACUGUUUGCAGUCACAUGGCUCAUGGUGUUAUUAAUUCACCACUGCCGACGUUAUUGCGUCCGAAAAGAUUCAGGAGCGGUGUUCACAUUUUGGGUUCUUUCUGUUGUUUGUGGAAUUUUUCCAUUUCAGACUUUGAUUCGGAAAUUUUUGCAGGGAGAUACACCCGAUAUUCCUAGAGCAUGCUUGUUUUUCAUCUCCUUCAGUCUCCAGGUCCUCGUACUGAUCGUCUCGGCUUUCUCCGAAAAGAAUGAGCUGACCAAAAAGAAUCCCGAGCUGACAGCAUCCUUUUUAAGCAGAAUCACUUUUAAUUGGUAUAACAGCACUGUUAUAAAAGGAUACAAGAGACCCCUGGAAAUGGAAGAUCUCUAUGAACUUAACAAAGAAGACAGAACGAAAAACAUUUGUGAAGCGUUUGAGAAGCACAUGAAGAAAGAAGUGAAAGUAGCAAGAAAGAAUCUGCAGAAACGAAAAGAUAAAAGAAUACAUAAGGAGAGUGCAAUCGAAAUGAAUGGACUGAGCAAGGGACAGAGUCAAGACAUCCUAGUCAUGGAGGAAAGGAAGAAAAAGAAGAAAGAAUCCACGGACGGGACUGCUAAAGAUUUUCCCAGAUCCUGGUUAAUUAAAACACUCUUAAAAACCUUUCCACGCACGUUACUCGAGUCGGCUUUUUUCAAACUUGUCCAUGAUCUGCUGGUGUUUGUGAGUCCUCAGAUACUCAAGUUACUGGUCUCAUUCACUGGUAAUUCUUCAGAAUAUCAAUGGAAGGGAUUUUUUUACGCCGUCUUGUUACUUGUGGCGGCCAUCAUUCAAUCUCUCUGCCUCCAGCAGUAUUUCCAAGGUUGCUUCGUCCUGGGUAUGAGGGUCCGGACAGUUCUUAUGGCAUCCGUAUAUAAGAAGGCACUGACUGUCUCCAACUCUGUCCGGAAAGAGUCGACUGUGGGGGAGACGGUGAACUUGAUGUCUGCAGACGCUCAGAGAUUCAUGGACCUGACAAACUUCAUUCACCUGCUGUGGUCAUCGCCUUUGCAGAUUGCUAUUUCAGUUGUGUUUCUUUGGGAGGAACUUGGCCCAUCGGUUCUGGCUGGACUUGCGGUCAUGAUCUUGUUGAUACCCAUCAAUGCUGUCUUAGCUACCAAAUCCAAGACACUUCAGAUGAAGAAUAUGAAGAACAAAGACAAGAGAAUGAAAAUAAUGAAUGAAAUCCUCAAUGGCAUUAAGAUAUUAAAAUUCUAUGCCUGGGAACCAUCAUUUGAGAACCAAGUAGAGGAAAUUCGAGAGAAGGAGUUAAAAGAUUUGUUGCAUUUCACCUACCUUCAGUCCGUUUCUCUUUUCAUUUUCACCUGUGCACCAUUCUUGGUAUCUGUUGCCAGUUUUGCCGUCUACGUGGUGAUAGAUCCAACCAAUAUCUUAACUGCAGAGAAAGCUUUUACAUCUAUCUCUCUAUUUAAUAUCCUACGCUUCCCUCUGGCGAUGCUGCCAAUGCUUAUUUCUAACAUGGUGCAGACAAGUGUAUCUUGUGGCCGCCUGGAGAAAUAUUUAGGAGGAGAUGACUUGGAUUCAUCAGCCAUUCGUAACGAUCCUGGUGUUGAUGCUGCUGUUAGGUUUUCCAACGCGACGUUUACUUGGGAAAAAGAAACAGAUCCAGCAGUGAAGAAUGUUAACAUGGACAUUAAAGAUGGCCAUCUGGUAGCUGUUGUGGGUGGUGUAGGGUCUGGUAAAUCAUCGCUUGUGUCGGCAAUGCUUGGAGAGAUGGACCAUAUCAAUGGAUACAUAAAUAUAAAGGGUUCUGUUGCGUAUGUUCCUCAGCAGGCCUGGAUCCAAAAUGCUUCUCUGAGAGACAAUAUUCUGUUUGGAGCGGAGUAUGAUGAAGUGCGAUACAAAAACGUCCUGGAAGCGUGUGCUCUUCUCCCCGAUCUGGAGAUACUCCCUGGAGGGGAUCGUUCAGAAAUUGGAGAAAAGGGCAUAAACUUGAGUGGUGGCCAGAAACAGCGGGUUAGCUUGGCCAGAGCUGUAUACAACAACGCUGAUGUAUAUAUCCUCGAUGACCCCCUCUCGGCUGUGGACGCUCAUGUUGGCAAACAUAUCUUUGAAAAGGUGGUCGGCCCCAACGGAUUGUUAAAAAAUAAGACCCGCAUCUUAGUCACGCACGGUGUUAGUUUUCUGAGGUUCACGGAUGAAGUCGUCGUGCUGGUGGAUGGCAGUGUCACAGAGAUGGGGUCCUACAAAACUCUACAGGCAAACAACGGCGCAUUCGCAGAAUUCCUUAGAACGUACGCGAAACACGACCAAAAAAUGGAGGAGGAAGCCUCAGUGUUUACCGGGGCCGAUGAGAUAGAUGAUGAUGAUGAACCAGCGGCAGAGGUCCCUGAAGACAUAGUGUCCAUGACACUGAAAAGGGAAAACAGUCUUCACCGGAGAAAACUCAGCAGUAUGAACGGCACGCUGAGAAGGUCACUGAAAGAAGUUGCAAAAGACAAGGACCUGCAACAGGCAGCAAAAGGACAACAUCUCAUCGAAAAGGAAACCAUCGAGACUGGAAAGGUGAAGUUCUCUCUUUAUAUGAAAUACCUGCGGGCGAUAGGAUGGGGAUUCAGUUUCUGGAUUUUUGUAAGCUACCUUCUGCAAAACGCAGCUUUUGUUGGACAAAACAUUUGGUUGAGCGACUGGACCAGGGACGCCGAUAUCUACAAGAAUCAGACCUAUCCUGCAUCGCAGAGGGAUAUGAGGGUUGGAAUAUUCGGAGUGCUUGGUGUGGCCCAAGCUAUCUUCGUGUUCUCGGGUGCUUUCCUUGUGGCUCGUGGAGCCGUCGGAGCCUCGCGGUUGCUUCACGCACAGCUUCUUCGUAACAUCUUACGUGUCCCCAUGCAGUUCUUUGACACCACUCCAUCGGGACGCAUUGUUAACAGAUUUGCAAAGGAUAUUUUCACGGUGGAUGAGACCAUUCCUAUGUCAUUUCGCAGCUGGAUCGCCUGCGUUUUGGGCGUUAUCGGUACAUUGUUUGUGAUCUGCUUGGCGACACCAAUUUUUGCCGCUGUUAUUGUCCCGUUGGCAAUCUUCUACUACUUUGUACAGAGAUUCUAUGUCACGACUUCCCGACAGCUGAGACGUCUGGAUUCUGUCACGAGGUCUCCCAUCUACUCUCAUUUUGGGGAAACGGUAUCAGGCCUAUCUGUGAUCCGGGCCUAUGGACACCAGCAGAGGUUCCUUCAACAUAAUGAAGACACCAUCGAUAUCAACCAGAAAAGUGUCUAUUCCUGGAUUGUCUCCAACAGGUGGUUGGCAAUUCGCCUGGAAUUUGUUGGAAAUCUCACUGUAUUCUUCGCAGCACUUUUUGCCGUCUUGGCGAGAGACACGGUGGAUAGCGGGACAGUUGGGCUAUCAGUCUCGGCAGCUCUCAAUAUAACGCAAACUCUGAACUGGUUAGUGCGGAUGACAUCAGAGCUAGAAACCAACAUUGUUGCAGUGGAGCGUGUCGAUGAGUACGUUCAGGUGGAGAAUGAGGCCCCUUGGGUAUCAGAGCAUCGUCCACCGCAGAACUGGCCAGACAAAGGUGUUGUGCAGUUCUCAGACUAUAAGGUCCGUUACCGCUCUGAUUUGGACCUUGUCCUUCAAGGGAUAUCUUGCACUAUUGACAGCAUGGAAAAGGUGGGAAUCGUUGGCAGGACAGGCGCAGGAAAGUCUUCGCUCACCAACUGUAUCUUUCGGAUCAUAGAAUCAGCUGAUGGCAAAAUUACGAUUGAUGGACUGGACAUUUCCACCAUUGGCCUUCAUGACUUACGCCAGAAACUAACAAUUAUUCCUCAGGACCCUGUCUUGUUUUCCGGCACGCUGAGGAUGAAUUUGGAUCCGUUUAACCGGUAUACUGAUGAGCAAAUCUGGAAGGCUCUUGAACUUGCCCACCUAAAGCCAUAUGUAAGCGGCCUGCAGGAGAAACUCCACUAUCCAGUGAACGAAGGAGGAGAAAACCUCAGUGUUGGUCAGAGGCAACUCGUGUGUUUGGCCCGGGCUUUGCUCCGGAAAACCAAAAUCUUGAUCCUGGACGAAGCGACGGCUGCUGUCGACCUGGAAACCGACAACCUGAUCCAGAAGACAAUUCGCAGCGAGUUUUCAGACUGUACAGUGCUGACAAUUGCACAUCGCUUAAACACCAUCAUGGACAGCAGCAGGGUCAUGGUGUUGGAUGCAGGGAAUAUUGUAGAAUUCGACAGCCCGGAGGAACUCUUCCAACGUCAAGGACACUUCUAUUCCAUGGUGAAAGAUGCCGGCAUUGAAAGUCCAAACAGCACCUCGUUUUAGGCCCUGGGAGGCGGAAACGCCACAGAGAUCAGACUUUUCAUCCCACUCGCGAAAACGUUUAUGCUGGCCAUUUACGUCAAACCGUAGAUAUCGGUUCUACCUGACGAAGACGAAGGCGUACAUGAGCAAGACGGACUCUAGAACCCAGUGAGAUUAUGCAUUCUUGGUACAAAUGAUCCGGAUGCCUACCGCUCCUUGCAUUUUUUGAGAGCGCACCGUGUUACCACAAGGCAUCCAUGGCUUCCCAAAUGGUAGCCUUACUUUAUUUCCCAGUGCCAUUUGCUCUUUUCCUUUGUUUAGAUUGACCAGAUAGAUUUCUCUUUAAUACCCCGUGCAGUGGGUUCUGUAAGAACUCUGUAAGCUUGUAUUUACAUUAUUAUUUAUACAGUGUAUUUUUAUUUUUAUCAGUGUUAAAAAGUCCCCAAACAACUUCCAAACCAAAACUUCUACAUUUUUUCCAUCAAACAAGUAGAAAGUUUUGGUAUAAUACACCUCAGCGAUACAAAAUGUAGCAAUAAAUGAAAGGUGCUUAAUGGUGCAUUAGUGUGGUGGCUUUACAAUAGGUAGAAUUAGACACCAAUAAUCAAGACAAAAGUGUGAGAUAAGAUAAAACAAUGACGAGUUAGAUGGAAUGAGAGGAUAAUAUAGUGAUACGGUCAGGAGGCAUGAAGAUAGACAGGCAAAAAUUCAGGGGUUGUAGGAUAAGAAAGAGGAAGAUCCAGGAGGGAUAAGGAGGCAAGGAUAAGACCUGAGAUUGUUGGAGAAUCAAAACCUUUCGUCCAUGGGAAGUAGCGGUGGAGGGAAAGUCGAAUGAAAGGAAGGUGAGAAGGAGAGAAGGUCAAGGAGAAUGUGACCACAAUAAAGGUUAAGACAGAGAGCAGAAGGUUGAAAAAGAGAUGAAAGUCUAAAAUAUGCGCUAUAUUACCGUAAUAUUAUUUGGUACUUGAACAUAAGCUUUGUCUACCAUACCAUGUUUAGAAACCCAUGUACAUCAAAUAAAAACAUUAAACGUGAAA